GCACUUCACGAGUGGCGAAAGCGGGGGUUGGUGGUUUUUCCACAGUGUGUGGCUGAUCCGGGUUAUUGGCGUGCUGUGUUAUGGAGAUUCAAGUAGCUAGUUAGUAAGGGACUUCGCUGCGUUAUAUUGACAAUUCCUGUGAAACUGUCCCGUAUAUGAGCCGUUGGCUGCCAGUGUUACCUGUGGUAAAAUUACACUUCACACGUUUCACAAUGCAGUCUUUUUUUUAAAGAAGGGACUGAAUAAGUAACUGGAUUGGCUAUCAUUUGCGAGAGAAAUUAUUUCUCGGGAUGCAGUGUAGCGCUAUCGAGGUCCGGCGGUUUCGCGAAUGUUAAGCAAAGCUGACGUGCUAACUUCAUGUGACGUUUCAAGUGGGAUAUCAAUGCAACCAUAAUAUGCACUAGUUUAUGGGAAGAUAUGUUCGUAACAAACUAUGCUAGCUUUCUGUGUGUCAGCGACGGCAAGCUAGCUUGAUAGCCAUGUUGAAUUAUACAAGCUGGGGGGCUAGCUAAUGGAAUUGACUGGGGGAUGGCUGGGUGCAUGUGGAAACGCUCGGCAUCCAAAGUUCGCGUGUGGAGCAAGCAAUCGUCUGGCAGCUGGUUUUUUUGCCAUGUAAGCUCCCCCCAGUCUAGGGCGAAAUUUGCCAUGAAAUGCGGUCAUGACUUCCGAAGCACAGGAACUUUGAAGGAUCUGAAUCCGUAUUUUGUCGCCCGAUAAGCACAGAGCCUUCGAGGAAACCAAAAACUACACCACGCAGUCCCUGGCCAGCGUGGCCUACCUGAUCAACACCUUGGCCAACAAUGUCCUGCAGAUGCUGGACAUCCAGGCGUCCCAGCUGCGCCGCAUGGAGUCAUCAAUCAACCACAUCUCUCAGACAGUGGACAUCCACAAGGAGAAGGUGGCUAGGCGGGAGAUUGGCAUCCUGACCACCAAUAAGAACACCUCCCGCACGCACAAGAUCAUCGCACCAGCCAAUCCAGAGAGGCCCGUGCGCUACAUUCGCAAGCCCAUCGACUACAAUGUGCUGGACGACAUUGGCCAUGGGGUGAAGUGGUUGCUUAGGUUUAAGGUCAGCACUCAGAACAUGAAGAUGGGCGGUCUCCCGCGCACGACCCCGCCCACCCAGAAGCCGCCUAGCCCGCCCAUGUCGGGGAAGGGCACUAUUGGGCGGCACUCCCCCUAUAGGACCCUUGAGCCAGUGCGCCCCCCUGUGGUCCCUAACGACUAUGUCCCCAGCCCCACGCGCAGCAUGGGCCCAGCACAGCAGAGCCCCGUGCGCACGGCUUCAGUUAACCAGAGGAACCGCACGUACAGCAGCAGUGGCAGCAGUGGGGGCAGCCACCCCAGCAGCCGCAGCAGCAGCCGAGAGAACAGUGGGAGUGGCAGCGUGGGCGUGCCCAUCGCCGUGCCAACCCCCUCCCCUCCCAGCGCCUUCCCAGCAGGGGCUGCGGGUACCCCUCCUGCUCCCCCCAAUUCUGCUCCCACUCCCCCCUCUGCUGCCCCUCCCGUCCCGCCCAACGCCCCUCCUAACGCUCCACCUAACCCCCCGCCUCCGACCCCUGACCCCUCUCCGGCCCCGCCCGCCGAGACCCCCCCUUCCUCUCAGCCCCCCCCUCCUGCCACCGCCGCUGCCGCCACCUCUGGCAGUACCACCUCCCCCACGCCAGGCAACGCUCCUCAGUUCUACAGCAUGAACAGGCCGGGAUCCCGACACAACAGCGCCUCGGCGGGGGGGUCCCUGCCGUACCGCCGCCCUCCCUCCGUGACUGGCCAGCCGAACCCGCCCCAAAGUCAGGUCAACGGAGGGCCGUACUACAACCAGAGCCAAGCUCCUCCGCCCCCCUCCAUCCUGCAGAUCACUCCCCAGCUUCCCCUGAUGGGCUUCGUGGCUCGGGUUCAAGAGACCAUCUCAGACGCCCCGCCCCCACCGCCCCCCACAGAGGAGCCGGUGUUUGAGGAGUCGCCCCCGCCGCCCCCUCCUCCGGAGGACUACGAGGAGGAGGAGUCGGCCGUGGUGGAGUACAGCGACCCCUACGCGGAAGAGGACCCCCCCUGGGCGCCACGCACGUACCUGGAGAAAGUGGUGGCCAUCUACGACUACGCCAGGGACAAGGAGGACGAGCUCUCCUUCCAGGAGGGCGCCAUCAUCUACGUGAUCAAGAAGAACGACGACGGCUGGUACGAGGGCGUGAUGUGCGGCACCACCGGCCUGUUUCCCGGCAACUACGUGGAGUCCAUCAUGCACUACGCCGACUGAGCCCCAGGGGGCGCCCUCACCCCCACACCUGCUACGCAUGCAGAUCUAUACACAAUACACACAUGGCCUACAUGUGUUUGUAUAUAUCUGUAUGCGUGGUUAUUAUAUAUAUAUAUAUAUAUGUGUGUGUGUGUAUAUAUAUAUAUAUAUAUAUAUAUACUGGGGUGGGUGAGUUUGGUUAAUGGUCCAAGACUGCAAUAAGAACGUCCCCUUUGAGUACUGGGGAGUGGAAUUACUUAACAAAUAAUUCAAAAUUCCCACAGAAAAGUAACUAUGGUGAUCACAAAUGCGAUAUCACAUUGAAGGGUACCAUUGUAAUAAAACAGAAAGCAACCACUUUAUCAGUUUUUUUUCUUUUUUUUUUUUUUUUUCUUGUUUGAAUGGGAGAUGAAGAUUGAAGGGAAAUGUGAUGUGAGGACAGAACAAAUCCCCCCACCCACCCCCAGGCUGUCUCCUCCCCCUUUCUAACCCCCUCCAUACCAGCUGAAGUGGCGCCUUCGCCCAUGCCAGGUUUGGCCACGGUCUUGGGAGCGGUGCAUUGUGGGAUGGCAGGUGUGCAGCAGGUGUUUUUUGGGUGGCUUUAACCCCCCCCCCCCCAGAACUCCUGUGCUCAGAUUUGGGACACUAAAGACGUGCAGAUGUUUUGGAGACUGUUUAGCUUUGAGUGAUGAGCUGAACAGUGGUGAUUGGUUCUUCACUUUUUUUUUUUUUCCUUUUUCUUUUACAGUUUCAGUGAAUUCUGUCACAGUGGCAGUUCACGCUCUACUCUGUCUGUUGACAGGGAUGACAGAGACGCACCUGGUCAGAUAGUAAACAUGAUUACACAGUGUGUACAUUAUGGCCUUGUUUAUCUUUUGUGAUUUACAUAAUGAAUCGGUCUUGCACAUUUCGCUUUUCUGUCUUACUUAGAGGACAGGACCCGGUGAACACACGCACCCAUACACACGCACACACAUGCACACAUGCAACACUAAAUCCUGUAGAUGACUUGAUGCUUUUUUUUUUUGUUCUAUUUUUUAUUUUAUUAUUCCUUUCAGUAUUUAAGUUGCUUUUGUCUGGUUGCGAGCUGUUGUCGUGUCGUGGUUCAAGCCAAAAUGCCCAUUCGAUUGAGAUGUUGUGUGUAGUAUUACACAAGACUGCAUGCUCUAAUAAAACUCUUAAAUUAUUCAU